AUGGGAAAACCAGAGGCACUAGCUCACAACGCUACCUUAUUUCUGACCGCUGGUUCUGUGAGAGGUGGGAGCGCGGCAAAUGAAGAGGAGGAGCAGGAGGAGGAGCAGGAGGAGGAGCAGGAGGAGGAGCAGGAGCAGGAGCAGAAGUAG